CUUAUAUUUAUUUAAUGUACGUGAUAAUGAUUAGUGACAGAAACUAUUUUCAUAAAUUAUAUAUUAAUAUGCUUUUUGCUUAGAGUUAUGACUAUACAUUUUUUCGCAUAAGAUCUACUGUCAAUUAAAGCAUUAAUUAUAGCAUAAGAUCAACUCAUUGCACGAAAAGUAUUGUAUGUAUUUUAUUUAUUUGUAUAUUUUAAUGCCCUAACUGAUCGUAGACAACCUACAUUAUACAUUCCUUUUCGUACUUACGUAUGUAAAUAUUAUAAUAAAAUUAAAAUAUAACAGCAAUAAAAAUAUAAUUAUGGCUUAAUAUUACGUGUUGGGCUGUAUAAUACGUAAAACAUAACAUAAAUUUCACACAAGUAAAGGUGUAAUAAAUGCAAUAAUGGCCGUAAACAAUAAAAUAAAAUUGUAUACUAUUACUUUACAAUUAACUUAUAUUAUUUAAUUAUUAUCGUUAAAUCACGAAUAAAUAUAUUCGUGACAGCCUCUAUAGCAUUAAAAAAAUUAAUAUACUUUUUGUGACUGUCUGUUUAUGGCCGGUUUUGUAAUAUAUGAAAAAAUCAUGACUUAAGAAUAUUUUUACUCCCUAGGAAGGCAUAAAAUAAAAUAUAUAUUUCACAGUGUGUAACAUAUGUAUUCUGUUUUUAAUAUACAAAUUGUUAAAAUGUUAAUUUUUCAGCUUGGCGAUUGAUAACUCUGCUCUUUAGCGGUAAAAGGACUCGAUAAAAAUUAUUAUAACUACCAAACAGUACGUAUUUGACCAAAAAAAUUAGCAGUUCUAAUUUAUAUUACUUAGGUACUUAUAAAUUUCAACUUCUUAAACAUGAAUCUAAAAGGUUUUGCGACAAAAAUACAUUAUCUAAAAUAAAUUUACAUUAUAAUCCAGGCAAUUUUAAAAAGUUUCGCUUUUCAAUUUUUGAUAAUAGGCUUGUAUGAUAUUCUUGCUCUACACAAAAUGUCAAAAAUCCUCAUCAAUCUGAGUGCUCAAAAGUGUAUUUUUGCUUAUAACAGGAUUAAAAAUAUGUUUUAAACCAUUCAACCUUGGCUUAAUUAUUUUUUCUACUAUGUAUAAUGUUAUAACGUCACAUCUCAUAUAUAUUAAGAACAAUAAAAUAUUUACACAAGCUGAGAUUCUAAUUAUUUAUUCGUAUUUAACUGACACAAGACAUAAAACUUUAAUAUCCUUAAUAAAUACAAUUACUUUAAAAAUACUUUGAGAUAAUAGCUAUGUAUAGGAUAAAUAUAUAGGUGUAUAUUACGUAUAAAAAUUUUCACUGGCAAUAAUGGCAAAUUUUUUUAUGGCAUCAGUUUUCGUUCAAAAAAUUAACUCUCAUCUUGUUACCUACAUAAAUAUUAUAAUUAAAAGUCUACAUAGUUUUUUUCACUGGGUUCAGUUUUUAGGGUUCCGUACCUCAAAAGUAAAGAAGGAAUAAGUACUUAUAGGAUCCUUUGCUGUCCGUUUAUCUGUUGUCGAGACAAUUUUUCUCGCGGACGCGUGGAGGUGUUAACUAAAAAAAUCAAAAUAAAAUAUCAAAUACUUGAAUCUUGGAGCUGUCCAAAAUCAAGCUUGAGUCAAUGCAAUAAAAAGAUACGCAUUAUAUUAUGACUCUAGCAAAUAAAUCUUCCCAUUGAUCUAGAAUCAUGACAUUUGGCAAGAAGCAAAGUCUCACCGGACAAGUAAAGUAAAAAUACUAAAAUCGUUAAUUCAGUAUUUUAGUCACACAAAAAUAUUUUUUGCGAUUACAAAUGUCAAUUUGUAGUUUGAGAUGAUAGUUUUAAACAAUAAAAUAAUCACACGCAUCUUUCCAAGGCACGGAACCCUCGGUGCGCGACUCCGACUCGCAUCUGGCCGUUUUUUUUAUUACUCUCAAAAACAUGUCGAUCAUUAGUCUAUUAAUUAGGUAUAUUAUGAUAGAGCUGACACUCGGUUCUACACAAUUCUUGAAAGGUCUAAAAGUAGUACUAACAUCGCGUUUAGACUCAGGUCUAAAUCAUGUUUUCUACAUAAUAUAGUAUGACCAUAUUUUGUUUACACUUGAAUAUCAAUUUUAAAAAUAAAUCUUGGGUUCUGUCCAGAAUAAAAUCAUCCUUGUUUUGUGUAUAUUUGAUAGAUCUCCUAGAACUACGUGCACGGCGCAACCUGCUUACGAAAUCGUUCGGUAAUUGCGGAUAUAAUUGCGGGAAAAAACAAGUGAUCUCUGGUGUGAUCUCUCUUAUAAUAAAACUUAUAAAAACUUAUAUUUUUUUUAAGCUUUCUCUACUAUUGUGCUAACAAAAGAGACAGACAAAAUAUGUCUGAAACAAAGACAAUACAAGUUUCAUAUUUGACAAGUAAAUAAAACUAGUAGGACAAUUUGUUAGUGUAAACUAGAGCUUACAUUAUUAUAAUGUAAAUAACGGGUACAUACCACGAUUAACACGAUGAUUUUGUUUGGUCGUUAUUUCGACCCAGUUGCAUGAGUCCUGCUCACGACGGGACUGCAGUGCUGCGAGAGAUGACGUUCGAGCUGUCAUGGGCAGUAACGAACUACGGCCAGAAAUCAGAUUGCUGCACAAUGUCGAACGUAAAAAUCAAAGUAAUAAGUCGAAAUCCAGAGGACUAUUUACGAGCUACAAAAAGGGAUAUACAUAAACUACCUAGAAAUUAUGAUCCAAGUCUCCAUCCAUUAGAAGGACCACGUGAGUACGUGAGAGCUUUGAAUGCAGUUAAACUGGAAAGAGUAUUUGCCAAGCCUUUUAUAGGCAAUUUGGAUGGUCAUUCUGAUGGUGUAUCGAGUUUGGCCAAACAUCCAAGUAGAUUGGCAGUGUUGGCGAGUGGCGCAUUUGAUGGCGAAAUAAGAUUAUGGGACUUGGCUAGUAGGAAGUGCACUAGACAUUUCACAGCUCAUGAAGGUUGGGUCCGCUCUUUAUGUUUCACUCCAGAUGGCAAACAUUUUACGAGUGUUGGUGAUGACAAAACCAUUAAAACUUGGAAAUCAGCAGUCCUAGAUGAGGAAGAUGGAGAACCUACAAAUACACUUUUGAGUAUGUCUGUUGUGUCAGGUAUCACACACCACAGGUCUAAGCCUAUAUUUGCAACCUGCGGUGAACAAUGUCAAUUAUGGGAAAGUACAAGGAGUGAACCUGUUAAAGUAUUCAAAUGGGGAGUGGAUAGCCUUCAUCAUGUGGCUUUCAAUCAGGUGGAAACCAACCUACUAGCAUCAUGUGCGAGCGACAGAAGCAUCAUACUGUAUGAUUUUCGUGAGUCUGGACCUUUAAGGAAAGUUGUAAUGGAACUGAGAUCUAAUGCUCUCUCCUGGAACCCAAUGGAAGCAUUUAUAUUUACUGUAGCUAAUGAAGAUUAUAAUUUAUACACAUUUGAUGUAAGGAAAUUGAAACAACCAGUAAAUGUGCACAUGGACCACACAUCUGCCGUCAUAGAUGUAGAUUAUUCACCGACUGGCAGAGAAUUUGUUGCAGGAAGUUAUGAUAAAACAGUUAGAAUAUUUGAAAGUCUGAAAGGCCAUUCAAGAGAUGUGUACCACACUAAGAGAAUGCAAAGACUCACUUGUGUGAAGUGGUCUUUAGAUAAUAAGUACAUAUUGACUGGGUCUGAUGAAAUGAAUAUAAGAAUGUGGAAAGCUAGAGCAUCCGAAAAACUUGGUGUUCUCAAACCACGUGAACGCACAGCACUAAAUUAUGCGGAGGCCUUGAAAGAGAAGUUCAGCAGCCAUCCACAAAUUAAAAGAAUCGCACGUCAUAGGCACGUGCCUAAGCAUAUAAUGAACGCUCAAAAGGAGCUUAAAACUAUCAGGGAUAAGAACAGGCGUAAGGAUGCCAAUAGACGUACACACAGUAAACCUGGUGCUGUGCCAUUUGUUUCCGAACGCAAAAAGCAUGUUGUCAAAGAAGAUCAAUAAAACAAUAUUAUGUUACUAUAAAUAGAGUUUAAUACUUCUAUAAUCUAUAUUUUUAAUGAGAAGUUAUAAGUAACAAGGUUUUCACUGA